AUGGGUAAUCGUCCAGGAAGUACUAUUGAUAAAUUAAAACAUAAAAAAAAUAGUUCACAUUUAACCUCACCACCUUCAUCACCAAUAGAAUCAGCAUCAACAAUUAAAACUACACAUUUUGAAACAUUUAUACUUGUUUGGCUUGAUCCUAAUGUUGAUACAAAUGUGGAAAAUGUUCAAACACAAGAACGUUUACGAAAAAUUCUAACAUGUCUUAUAACAUUUGAUACAGUGGAUGCAUGUGAACAAUGGCUUAAAAAGUGUUGUUCUGAUGAAAAAAUUCUUUUUAUUGUAUCGGGUGCAUAUGGACAAGAAAUUAUACCAAAAAUUCAUCAUUUACAAGCAAUAAUUAGUAUUUAUAUUUAUUGUUUAGAUAUUGAUCGUAAUAAAAUUUGGGCUCAAAAUUUUGCAAAAAUUCGAAAUAUUAUAUCUUCAACAGAUACUCUUUUACAUGAAUUAUCACUUGAUCAAAUUAAUCUUGAAAGUCUUGAAGAUUCUAAAGCAUUAAAUAUUUAUAAACAUGAACAACAACAAGUUUAUUCUCAUGAUACUAAAAUUGUAUCAUUCGUAUGUUAUCAAUUAUUACUUGAAAUUCUUAUAUCUCCAAAUUAUAUAACACAACAAGGAACAUAUUAUGAAUUAAUUCAUACUCUUCGUCAAUAUAGUUCUGAUGAUAAAUAUGGUUCAAAAUUAAUUAAUGAAUUUCAAAAAACAUAUAAUUCAAAUAAAGCUAUAUCAUGGUUAACACGUGACACACCCUUAUCACGUUUUAUUAAUAAAGCAUUACGUGAACAAGAUAUUCAUAUGCUUUUUACAUUACGUUUUCUUCUUGUUGAUAUUCAUUCUCAAUUAACUACUUAUCAAGCACGAUCACUUCAUGUAUAUAAAUUACAACUUAUGUUAAAAAAUGAAAUGGAAAAUAUUCGAGCAAAUCAAGGUCAAUUAUUAGCUAUGAAUAGAUUUUUAUUUGCAUCGACUGAUAAAUCUCAAUUGAUAUCUACAAUUACAAAAAAUGAUCAAUAUGAAAUAGUUUUAUUUGAUAUUAAAGCAGAUUUUCGUCUGGGUGUAGCUCCUUUUGCUUUUCUUCAUGAUAUUGAUUCAAAUAUUGAACAUCAAAUUGAUCGAGAAGUACUUUUUAUGUGUGGUUCAAUAUUUGAAGUUGGUUCAUUAGUAUAUGAAAAUAAUAUAUGGAAUCUUCAAUUAAAAUUAGCUAAUGAAAAUGAUUCAUUAAUAUUAUUUCAUAUGAAAGAAAAAUUAAGAGAAACUAAAAAUUUAAGUAUUAUUGGUGAUCUAUUAAAUCAAUAUGAUCAAAAAGAACAAGCAAAUAUUUAUUAUGAAAGACUUUUUAAAGAAUUACCAAAACAUCAUGCUUUUGUAUCACAAAUCAAUAGACAACAAUUACCUAGAAAUAAUAACAGACCAAAUCCUAUUUCUAUUCCGAAUGUUCCAUUUGUUGUUGUUAAUUUAUCUGAACAUAUGUCUAAAUUUGCUUCAGCUGUAUUGGAUAUUCUUUGUUCUUUGACAUCGGAUAUUAUAUCUAUAAUGAAUGAUGUAUCAAUUAAUGAUAUUUAUCAAUGGCCUAAAAGUUCAAUAUCAAUUUUUACAACUACACAAUUCUUAUCUCCAUUAGAACAAAAAAAAAUAUCAAAAUAUUUUAAAACUUUUGUAUUAAAUGAUGAUAAGAAUAAUAUUGAACAACAACAACAACAACAAUUUACAACUAUUGAUGAAUUAAUAUGUCGUUUAGUUGAUGAAAUAAUUCAAUACUAUCGAUCUGAAGCAAAUGAAUUUUCUAAAAUUGGUGAUUCAACUAAAGUACAAGAACAAUAUAAACAAAUAAAUCGAAUUUAUCGUGAAUUAAGAAAAAUUGAUGAAAAACUUGUAAAAAUUAAUUCUCCAUUAAACAAAUCAGAAAAUAUUGAACCAAUAUUAAUUUGGUUAAUAUCAAAUACAGGACAUGAUGAAGAAGAUACAGAAUAUAUUGAAAAAAAUUUUAAAGAUAAUUUUUCAUCAUAUUUUACUUUUUAUGAUUCAUGUGAAUUUCAUUCUCAUUUACUUGAUGAAAACAAUAUAACUGAUAUGUUUAUUAUCAUUGAUAGUAAUUAUGAAGAAUCAAUUGUCGAGUGUGUACGUCAAUUUCCUUAUGUUAAAUAUGUAUAUUAUUAUGGAGAAUUAAAAACUAAAAGUAAUAAUAUAAUGAUAAAUCGAGAUGAUCUUUAUUAUCGUAUAACAUCUGAUCUUAUUGAUUAUUAUGCAAAAUUAGGUGAAAAAUAUCAAACUAAUAAACAAUCAAAAGAAGCUCGAAAAAUAUUUUUAAAAGCACAAACAUUAUGUCGUCUUUUAGCAGAAAAUUGUUUUUUAUCAGAAUAA